ACCGACCACGAUACUUUUUCACAAACCCGGACAGUGACCGUUUCACAAUAUUAGUUCCCUCUCCAAGUAAUUUUUGGGAAAUCACUAAAGUUACUCAAGCCCCCCUCACGAGUUUACACUGACUUCCUCUUGUCUGAAAGUCUACUCCAUGAAAAACAAACCACUGAGCUUUUAAUAGUUCUCGUGCUGACUCCUCCCCAUUGAGUUGUCCUGGGAAACACUAACAACUCUGAGAAAGUCAGUCUUGUUCCUUGAAGAGAACACUUUUGGUUUGAAAACCUGAUCGCUGCGCAACUUUUCACUCUUUUUUUUUUGAACAUCCAAAUACUGCGAGUUCACCAACAGGAGGAUUAUUAUGUGUUCAGAACAUUCUUUUUCAUCUUCUUCACGCUGAGCUUCAAGUGCUGAAGUGUCCAGGGACAUGAAACUCAAUCCACAGCAAGCUCCAUUAUAUGGUCAUUGUGUUAUCACAGUACAGCUCAGUGAUGACGAGCUGGCUGGUAGUGAGGAGGGCGUGGACUACUUCCUGCUGUUCGCUGGCAGUACACAGAGGCACCUGACCAGCACCCUGAGGAGCAGUCAUGACACCUUGCAGGCUUUGUGUCCCGCUCAUGACUGCUGCGAAGUGGUGCUGGUCACCUUGUGCUCAGUCACCCGAGGUGUCCCCGAGGAGCCACAAUCCCAUCUGGUUCACGUGGCGCCAUUGGCCGAGCAUCGAUUCAGCUUUGUUCAGGAUUUGGCGUUUGACAUGGCCCAGUUCCUGGUGAGCACUGUGGGCCGGGCCGAUGGCCUCGAUGGGGCGCUGCUGCUGGAUGAGUGUCAGAUUCCUCUGCAGGAGUGUGAGCGUCUGGAUGAGAGUUUGGCACUGGCCCUGCACCACCUCAAACUGCCUACAGGAUGGAAUUUACUGGGGAACAAACGAUCCAACAGCACUGAUCUGAAUCCUCAGGAGACUCUGCUGCAUUUCUCAGCACGUCGAGGUCUCUUUCAGGUUACACACUUCUUGCUGCAGCAGGCUGGGGCAAGAGGAGCCCUUCGUUUGGCCAACAGGCAAGGCGACACCCCGUCCGCCGUUGCGGAAUUACGAGGGCACAAAUGCCUCCACGAGCUCCUCACAAAGGCUCAGACCGAUCCGGAGAAGGACGAAGAGCCUGUCGCUGUCCAGCAGGUCUCUGAAGACGUUCAGGUGUUUUGCCACCUUCCCAAACUGAACACACACACGUUGACACUGAGCAUACACCCUGGGCGUGACACACCGUCCUUUCAGAAGAGUGUGGAGCAGCUGCUGCACUUGAUUUGUCAUCUUCAUGCCAAGGGAGUUUCUUUACUGAAGCUGCAAUUUGAUUCUCUGCACACUGCUGCUGAAUGUUCUGACGGUGUCAAAGCAGACUUAACAUGUCUGGAUCGACUCCAGCAGUCUGAUACGGCGUCGGAGUGCCUGGAUACAACAACACAAGGGAGUUGGUUAGAAAAUUGCCCAGUGGAGAGCAGCAGCACUGUUGAUUGUAGACACAGUGCGCCUGGAAAUGCAGAGAAAGACUGUAGUUUGACUGUGAGUACUCCAACAUCAGAAGUACACCCCCAGGAGCAUGGCCUCGUUCCCCCAGAGGACUGGGUGUGUUCAAACACGGAGAGAGAUUACUCCAAAGCAGAGGAGGAGGAGGAACAGGAGCGGCCUGUUGUUUCCAUGCAGGGUUUGAGUUUGUCUGACAGGACUGAAGGAGUACAGAGUGAGGCUGAAGGGAAAGGUCUCACUGUGGGAAUUCUACCACAGGCAGGCUGUGGUAAACAGGCAGAGGAAACUGAUAGAGGAGAGGCUGUGAUCCAGGAAGGACAGGAGGCCAAGAAGGGAGAGGAUAGAUCUGAGCAGGAAGCAGAGGACAGCACAGCCAAGAGGAGGGAGGAGGAGAUCAGCUCUGAAUUAACAGAUCUACUAAAGGCCAGCGGAGACACAAACGAGUCAAUCAUGGGUCAGUCAGCAUCGUCAUCAUAUUCUGAGGUUUCAGACAAUUCUGAUUCUGAAGUGAAGGAGUGCUCCCAAGAAGAAGAGACUGUUGGGAAAGAAGACGCGAAACACAGCCGGGAUGUCUGUGAUGUACUAUCUGUAGAUGCAAACGAGGAAGAGAGUGAAGGGUUAACAGACACGUUAUCAACCCCGAUGGACCUCCCAGACCCAACGCUGAUAGAGUGUGGUGAUGUAAUCAAGGAGCCUGAACCUGUUCCAUGUCUGUUGAUAGAAGGUCUCCACGAAGGGGAACCUCUACCAGACAUAAACAGCCUGGAACAAAACCAGGAAACAGCUGGUAGGGAUUAUGCUACAGAGCAGGAGUGGGGUUUGGCAUCAGAAAGUGGUUGUCAUUCUGGGAGUUGUACUGACGCAGUUGGUGGAAAAGAGCUACACAGUGAAGACGUAGUAGAACCCUCUGGAUACAGGAUUGAAAGCAGCAUUUUGCCUGCGGAAGAAGCUGACAGUUCAGCUGUCUUUUUGGCUUUCAGUGACGUCGUAGUAGAUACACAGACUGAUAGUUUUGACUGUGAGCCGUUGCCUGACAAGAUGCCGACUGAACGACAAGCUGACCACGACUCAGGUACGGCCCACGGACUCUCCAGUGACGACGAUGGCAGUUUCAGAUCAGCUGGAAGCUCUACAACAGAAAUAUUCCAGCCCGCUCAUGGCAGCGUCGCUAUGGAGGAUCAGGACUUACUUCAGUCAGUGAUAGUACGGCAGCCCUCAGCUGGAUUUGAGAUUGAGGCCCCCAGUGAUUUUAAACCUGAAGAAACCUGUGAACAUUUCACAACUGUGGAUACAGGACUCUCAUCGGAGCCUGACACCCAGCUUGAGUCAGAACCCAAACUCUUGAGCUUGGAUGAUUUAAAUUCUGAAGCGACUGAGAAUCUAGCCCCAGAUCUUUCCAAAGAGGAUCUGUCCUUUGACUCAGCUGGGAGUGAGGAUACUCCAACAGCACAGGUGGAGGAAAGUGAAACUGAGGAGACCAAUAGCUCUGACCUGAAUGUAGGGAUAGAGCUUUCAGCAUCAGGAUUGGGCAGCGGGGCACUUACCGAAAAGGUGGAUGUCAUCAAGUCUGAAGACACUUUAAGUGAUGCAGGGGAGGAACAAAAUGGCCCAGCGGAGGGAGCAGACUUCUCCACGAUCCACCGAGACAGAGAGACGUCGUUCCAUCAGCCUUGCAAUACUCAGCACUCAGGAUCCUCAGAGUCUUCAACAUUUUCCAGUUUGCCCAGUAGGACCAGCAGUGCCACCAGCUGCCCCUCUUCAGCUCACAGAGACUCUGGCAGUGACAUAGAGAGCUUCCUGAACGCAGAACCCGGAUAUGACAGCAUCUUCAGAAAGAAUGAUGAACCUGUGACUGGAGGAGACAGUACCAGCGAGGUUUCCGUCUCCUGCUCUUCCACAGACGACACCGCCAGUGUCGGCCCGACCAGCUCCAGCCCGGAGGGCAGCCAGGGCCUGGGCUGCAGCUGGAGUCCAGAAGAGGGCAUCCAGACCGUGGCACCUGCCACUGAAGGACUGGACAGUGAAGGUGGAGAAGGAGGAGGGGCAGGAGAGGCUGAAGAAGAGGCCAAAGAUAGAGUAACUGAGGUGCCGCGGCGUUCCUGUCUCUUUCGUAACAGCAACCGUUCCCUGUCACCUCUUCGCCGCCACAGCUGGGGUCCUGGAAAGAACAACGGAGGAGACGGAGAGAUGAACCAGAGGAGUUCCACUCGUAGCUCUGGUGAGAGGAAGCCGGCCUUUCACAGGAGAAGUUACAGCUUGGAGGGGCUCAGUGGAGGCCCUGAAGAGCUCAGGGGCCCCACCAGCCAGGGGCCCCGUAUCCUAGAACCUAUAAGGAUUCCCCGGCAAGACAGCGAUGACAGAGGCUCUUUGGUUUCUCUGACAGAGGAACAGGAGGACCGGGGGGAGUAUAGCAGAGUGCAUGACCCGAAAUCCAGACGAUAUCGGCCCCUGCGAAACAGCUGUCCUCCCAUGAGUCUGCCCCUCACCAAGUCUGUAUCUAUGCUGGCCAUCAGCCAGAGAGACAUCGAUGGUAUGAGGUUUUCCAGCACCUCUGGGUCACUAGCAUACAGUAUAUCAGAGGAGGAGCCUGGGCCUCUGCGGAGUGACACUGAGGGAAAGAGUGUGACAAAAGUUAGCCGGACCUUCAGCUACCUCAAGAACAAGAUGUACAAAAAGACCAGGGAAAAGGAGCGAGACAAACGGGAGAAGGACAAGGAGGGCAAGGAGAAGGACAAGAAGACUGUGAACGGUCAUGUUUUUACACCAGUCAGCUCAAACCACGCCACCCAGUGCUCCCAGUGCAAUAAAGGUUUUAAUGGCAAGGAUGCUUUCCAUUGCACAUACUGCAAUGCUUCCGUCCACAAGGGCUGCAGAGACAGCCUGGCUGUUUGUGCCAAGGUGAAGAUGAAGUUGCCCAACCAGCAGUUUGCGGUACCAGAUUCGAGCUUGUUUCCUACAGUAACGAUGAGGAACAAACCUGGUGGGACAAAGGAACGCCCCUGGUCGGCCAUCUUGCCCCCUGAGGAUCAUUCCACCUUAAUGAUCCCAUCACGGAGACACACCAACAUCAUGACUUUCACGGGAAACAACCUCUCCAAGAGUCUCUCAAUAAGCAACAUUGCUGGUCCGGUGUUUGACGAGAUGCCCAUUAAAGGUCUGCGGUAUCUCUCUCAGUCCACCGACUCGCUCAACAGAACCAACCAGGUCACAGAAUCCAUGGAAUCACUUACUGAUGAAGGAACAGAAAUGAUGGAUGGGCAGCUGAUGGGGGAGUUUGAGGCCGAGGCCAAAGAGCUGGAAGCAGACUCGUGGAGUUUAGGUGUGGAUCAGCAACACCUGCAGCAGCUGGACAAAGAGCUGGUGAAGAGACAAGAUGUCAUCUACGAACUGAUGCAGACAGAGAUGCAUCACGUUCGGACGCUGCGCAUCAUGUCAGAAGUGUACAGCAAAGGCCUGCAGAAGGAGGUUCAGCUGGAGCAGCAGAUGUUGGAGAAGCUCUUCCCCGUUCUAGAUGAUCUACUUGAGCUCCACACACAGCACCUCCUGCGCCUCCUGGAGAGGAAAAAGGAGAGCCAAUUAGAGGGAAGAGUCUUUGAAGGAGGCUUCAUCAUCAGCAGGAUAGGGGACAUCCUGGGUAGCCAGUUUUCGGGAUCAAAUGGUGAAAGCAUGAAGAGGGUUUACGGAAGAUUCUGCAGUCGCCACAACGAAGCUGUUAACUUCCACAAGGACCUCCUAAACAAAGACAAACGCUUCAAAGCGUUCAUCAAAAAAAAGAUGAGUAGCAGCAUUGUGCGGAGGCUUGGCAUCCCAGAAUGCAUCCUUCUUGUGACCCAGAGGAUAACGAAGUACCCCGUGCUGAUUCAGAGACUGCUGCAGCACACUAAAGAGAGCGACGAAGACUACUUUGACCUGACGGAGGCUAUUCGACUCGUGAAGGAGGUGAUAGCGGCGGUUGAUAGCAAGGUGAACGAACACGAGAAAAGACGGCGCCUGAAGGAAUUUCACGGCCGUAUGGACAACAAGUCGAUUAUGAUGAUGAAGAACGGGCAAAUUUUCGCCAGGGAGGAUCUGCUUAGGAGGCGGCUGAUCCACGAUGGAGCGCUGCAGCUGAAAAACACCCAGGGAAGAUUAAAGGAGGUUCAUGCUCUGCUCCUAUCAGACGUCUUCGUCUUCCUCCAAGAGAAAGACCAGAAAUAUGUCUUUGCCAUGCUGGAUCAGCGCUCCACCGUCAUCUCCCUCCAGAAGCUGAUUGUCAGGGAGGUCGCUAACGAAGAGCGCGGCCUCUUCCUCAUCACGGCAGGCAUAGAGAAGCCGGAGAUGAUGGAGGUCCUGGCCAGCUCGAAAGACGAACGCAACACCUGGAUGCAGCUCAUCCAGGAAGCCAUGCAGUCUAUGGACAAGGAUGAGGAUGAAGGGAUUCCCAGCGAGACAGAAGAUGACAAGAGACAGCUAGAGACUAAAGCAAAGGAAAUGAGAGAACUGUUGAGGCAAAAGGAUACAGAAAUCAUGUCUCUGCUGGAGGAGAAGGUGCGGCUUUUCAGAGGGAUGUGGGAGGGCGUGAGCCCAGGCGAGGAGGCCUGUCGGCAGGUCCAACCUUUCUUCAGGUCACCCUGCAGCCUGGAGCCGCCUGGGGGGGCGUCCAUCAUGAAAGAUGCCCUGCAGGAAGUGGAGACGUUGCAGACACUGGUGAAUGGCAGCCUGGGCGGGGCCAUGGCCAGCGUCCAGGAGGGAGGAGGAGGUGGUGCGGGGCCGGUGUGUUUGCCCCGCAGGGCUGAGACCUUCGGAGGCUUCGACAGUCACCAGAUGCACAGCAGUAAGAGUGGAGACAGAGAUGAGAGCGAGGAUAUGGCGGGUGACCUGCGCAGGACGGAGUCCGACAGCGUUUUAAAGAAGGGAGGAAACGCCAACCUGCUGCAGCUGCUGAAGAGGAACAGUGAGCAGGUCCUCCACAGCGUCUCCAACCUGCAUCUUCUGCUAAGCACUCUGCAGGCAGUGGUAGUCCAGCAGGACAGUUUCAUAGAGGACCAGCGGCAGGCCCUGAGUGAGCGCUCGUCCUCUUGCACAUCGUUAUCACGACCGUCCUCCCGGCCCAGCUCGCUGAUCGAACAGGAGAAGCAGCGCAGCCUGGAGAAGCAGCGGCAGGAGUUGGCAUCCCUGCAGAGACAACAGGCAGCUCAUGCUGAGGAGAAGAGGAGAAGAGAGAAGGAGUGGGAGCACAGGGAAAAGCAGCUCGCUGAGAGGGAGGCACAGGUGCACGCACAGGAGGAGGAAAUCCUGAAGCAGCAGAAGGACCUGGAGGAGGAGAAGCAGGAGCUGCAGAACAAGAAGGAGGAGUACCAGAAGGACCUGGAGAGACUGAGAGAUGCCCAGAGGAAGCUGGAGAGGGACAGGGAGGCUAUGCAGCGGCACCUCAACAAGAUGGAGGACCUGCGUCUAGCUGAGCCCAAAGGGAAAGGCCUCAAUCCCUUUACCUCAUCCUCCACGAACCUCAAGGGCAGCGAAGGCAACAACCAGAUCUCCAAGAGCCUCCUGCAGCUAGCCAAGAACAAGGGCAAAGAUGGGAAGGAGAAGGAGAAGAAGAAGAAAAAGGCCAAAGGGGGGAGCGCACAGUCAGCAGACUCCCAGCCCCUUCCAGAGCCACCUCUGGAUGGAGAGAUUUUUUUCUGCUGAGACAAGUGGCUCUCCUCCUCCUCCUCCUCCUCCUCCUCAUUACCAUGAACCCAUCAAACCACUCUGAUGGUGGAAUGUGCUGCCAAGUAGUAACACAUUCACCUGCGCACACAGGCUUUUUGAAUCACCUUGAAAAGGCUUUUAGUUAAUUUUCCAUGUCAUAACAUAGAGCUGUUUAACAUUACACAGAAGAAGAUACAUUUUAAAAUCAAAUACCACAGCUUUUAGUUUGUUGGGAAUUAGGAUAUAUUAGGCUCUGCUGUGGUGUGCGUUUAGGAUUCAGCUCAGUAGCUAAAAAUGGGAAUGAUGGACUGGCUGUGCACUUUUUCGUUAUUCCCUGUCCAAAAUUCAUCUUUUCCUUUUCCAAAGAAAUGGUUAGAAUUUCUUCAUUUUCAAAAAUCAGACAUCUGUGACAGCUCAGUAUCACGCUGAAAGCAUUUCACAGCGAAUUGCCUUUCAGGCUCUUCCAAGUCUGUCAGGGGCUCGUGUGUUACGGCUGCCUUUUUUCCUAGAGCCCCACACCAGCAGGCUGUGAUGUUAAUUUACAGAAGCAGGGCCUUUUCCGUGCGACUUCAACCACACGUUCAAGGACACAGACAAAUCCAAAUGCCACUGUGAAUGUCAGCGAGCUCCCUGUGGCGAUGGAAACUCCUCAUACCUAAUCAUAUUCAUUGACAGCUAAUUGAUGACUGAACCCACGGGGGGGGGACUUACGGGACCUAGCAACAUUUCUUAAUCAGAGAGAGUCCAAAGCCGUUUCAGUGCUUCAGUCGAAGACGCAGUGAAUCAUAGCCUGACGUUCGCGUCGAGUGUUCAAAAAGCAGAUGCGAUUAGAUCCGCUGAGUCUGUCCCCAGUUCGCAAGCAAAAGGGAAUUGGCUAACUUGUGUAAUCCUUAAUGAUGACUUCAUGCCAUCAAUCAUGUUCCUUAAUGAGGUUUUAAUUUAUUUGAAUUAUGGCUAUCUCCAAUUUGGAGUGAAGCUCUUCAGAUGUGUAUUUUCUUAGACGCUCAGUAAUGAAAGGAUUGAGAGAUAUCUCUCUCUGUCUAAUGGCUCAAUUCAUAUCCUUUAGUGUGUUUUAGAGUCUUGGAUGGAUAUUGGCUCGAUUGUCGUUUCAUCUGCCUGUCAAUGGGCUUUUAUGCAGCCCUCAUCUUUCAUCUGAACGCCGACAAGCAGGGCUUUCCUUCAUUUUUUUUUAAUUGCAUGUAACUCUGCAGGUAGCAUACUAAUGGUUUCUGUGUGUUAAAGAGAUCAACUCUCUCUUUCGCCUCCUUUCAGUUCCCAUAAUAGAUUCUGCAGAUGCACACAGCUGCUGGUCGUAGGAACGGAGGCCGUUAAUUUACGGACAAAACAACCGCUUAGAGGGAAUGAGAGUGGACAUUAGCUACAAAUAUGUUCUGUUGUUGUUUCGUGACUAAACCGACUCAGCAGGUAGUCUCUGAUCAUUUCAGAUUAGUCAACACUCAUCAGUGUUUUUGAGCACUUUGUCCUAAAAAUGUUAACAUGUUUAUUUUUAAUCAGCGUGAGAUACGAGUAAAUAUGAUUUCUUUUUUUUUAAUCAAGGGCAAAAUGAUCCAAAGACGGUUAAAGUGUUUAAGUAGAUUAAAUAAGGGGCUGUGAGCUUUUAUGGAGUUUUUCAAAGAUGACCCGUCUUAAUAUUUAAGACCUGCGAAGCUCACACUGUGGGCAGGACUACCUGCGGGACAGGUAGGAAGGACAAAGACGUUUAAAAAGGAUCCUCUUCCCAUGAAAGGCAGAGCAGCAUUGCCGAACUGCUUCCUCGCUGCCUCUUUUUCUCACGUUUAAGUGCUUGUUUGUUAACUCGCUGUCUUGUGUUGAGGAUUUGACUUCACGUCCAGGCUGGUUUAUUAUAGUGUGUCUUGUAAGAGGCUUAUGCGGCCUGCCAAUUAGUUGCUUCAUGUCUUUUGUUUAUGGCUUUGGUGUAAUCCUGUCAAAGAAACGGAGAGGGGUAGACUUUUGGUGUUGCUUUAAGGUGUGUUUUGACCACUAGGGAGCACUGCACCUAUAACUAAAUAAUUUCCCUCCCUCACACAAGAGCAACAACCAGAAAGUAUGAAACUGUUUAGUUUUUUGUUUUGGUUUUUUUUCCUGUGACUCCUGCUGUGAGAAAUUGAUGUAUUUUUUUUCUCAGCAGGUCAGAGAUAAUGUGAUGAGCGUGGGCUCUCACACUCUGCGACAUUUUUCCCCACGGCAUUUGUAAUUGACUGCAGAAACAAAUAAGUUGUCAGAGAUUGUAAUUGGUUAUUCAGUGUAACCAGUCAGCAGCAGCUUUAAUGUGGGGGGAAUAAAAAGGUUGGAGGAAGCGACUGGGCAGAACCACAGACCUCUGUAAGGGACAAUCAGCAGACACAAGUUGGGAAAAUGAACUCCCUCACCCAGCGAUGAUGAUAAGCCUGUCCGAGAGACGAGUGUGUCCAUUAGGUGAACCCUGCGUAGCCUUAAAUCUUAAUGAUAAAAUGCACUAGAGUAGAACCCAGCGUCUUCUCAGGAGAGAGGAGAGCUUUUAUACCUCUGCUUUGAAAGGAAGGAAAUGUUUGUACUAUUCAACUGGUACACAGUUGUUUCGUUCUCAGCAAUGUAAAAAAAAAAAGAAGAAAAAAAAAAAAGAAGGGCAAAUGUGUAAAUAUGAUUUAUGUAUAAUACAAAUUACUUGUAAAAAAUAAUUGACUUGUGAUUUAUUGAAGCAUUUUGUAAGAAUGUUUUAUUUAUGUUUUAUUCUCACCAACAAGGUGAUAAACAAUGUAAAGGUGUAUUUCUCUCAUAAUAA